AUGCAAGAAGUGCAAGGCACAAACCGCGAUAAGAAUAAGGACGAGAACUCGCGCUCGCUCGAAUCGAUGGUUUAGCAGUUUUUUUAAGGUCGCGCGAGACCACGCGUGACCCGAUUUUUUCUUUUUUUUUUUUUUUUUUUUUUUUUUCGGAAAGAAAUUGCGAAAAACACGGCCGAAAGGCUUGCAGGAAGCAAGCCACGAUAUAGCGCAUUGUUCGUAAUUCUCGAAGGAGCGCGGGGCUUUUAGAAUUUAAAAUAGUAGCGAAAUCGUCUUGCGAGGGAAACACAGCUGAGGAGGAGCUCUUUUGUCCUCCUCCUCUUUUCGCUGUUUUCUGGCUUCUUGAUCGAACAAAGCGAGCGAAGGGACAGAGCUUUUCUCUCGGUGAAAAGCCGGCGAUCACGCUCUAUAUGUUGAUUGUCGGUAGUUAUAUAGCCCCCGUUUUCUCGGCGAAUGCUUCCACCUUUUAUUGUUCUCACUUGGCGAUGUUUUCUUGUUUCAGUACUUGAUGAGUGGCUGGGCGAAAGGAUACAGUUUCCGGUGCCAGCCGGUCGACUACUCCAACAACGCCAUAGCGCUCCGAAUGGCCAACACGUGUUGGUGGUAUUACAUUAGCAAAUUCACCGAGUUCUUUGAUACCCUGUUUUUCAUUCUGAGGAAGAAGAACCAACACGUGUCAACGCUUCAUGUGAUCCACCAUGGGAUAAUGCCGUUCUCGGUUUGGAUGGGCUUGAAAUUCGCACCGGGUGGCCAUAGCACUUUCUUCGCUCUCUUGAACACUUUCGUUCACAUUAUAAUGUACUUCUACUACAUGGUGGCUGCAAUGGGUCCCGAAUAUCAGAAGUACAUCUGGUGGAAAAAGUACCUGACUAGCUUGCAAAUGGUGCAAUUCGUGUUGAUCAUGAGUCACCAGUUCCAGCUACUAUUCACCGAGUGCGAUUAUCCUCGUGGCUUCAUGAUCUGGAUCGGUUUGCACGGCGUGCUUUUCUUAGGUCUUUUCUCGGACUUUUACAAAGCGAAAUACGUGGACAGAAGCAAGAAACUAAAGGAGAAGAGUUUACAGAAUGGCUCGACCGGUCUUUGUAUGCCUAUAUUAGAGGAUUCAGUGCCACGGCAAAACGGUGUCUCGUCGUACGCGACGAUCUACAACAAGGAGUACAAUAGUUGUUAUAGCAACGGAACCAACAACGGCUACGUUGCCAACAAUAACACGGAAAAGAAGAUCGCUUAG